AUGUCGGAUGCUGAGGUAAAGCGUCUUGCUUACUCUGAGUAUUGGAACGAGCGUUAUGCCGAAGUGGGCUCCGAUGGCCAAGUGCACGAAUGGUUUAGGUCUUUUACCGAUCUCGAGCCGUUCUUUACCCGUCAUCUAUUUCAAAUACGAGGGCCAGAAACAUUGCCAAAGAUCCUGCAUCUAGGUUCGGGAGACAGCACCAUACCCCAAGAUCUAUUCAAAAGAGGCUACACCAAUCAGAUUUGCGUGGACUUCUCCUCAGUCGUUGUCGAGACCAUGUCGAAAAGGCACGCUGGUAUAAGUGGCAUCACCUGGAUGCAGACCGAUGUUCGCAGUAUGGAUCAGAUCUCGUCGGAAUCCAUCGAUGUCGCGUUCGACAAGGGGACAUUAGAUGCUAUGAUUCAUGGCAGCCCCUGGAAUCCUCCUGCUGAUGUUCUGGAGAACACUGGUCAAUAUCUUCGAGAGGUCUUCCGUGUCUUAAAUGUUAAUUCCACGUUUCUUUACGUCACAUACCGUCAGCCUCACUUUGUAAGACCUCUCCUUAAUUGCGAAGGCGUCGAAUGGGAUUUGAAGAUGGAUGUUCUGGGUGGUACAGACAACACCUUUGACUAUCACGGCUUUGUCCUCAAGAAGGUUGCAUCAUCAGUAGCCUCGUCAAGCGGGCCCAGCUGA